GCUCCAUACGCAUUGUCGUAUGUUGUCUCAAGUUCGCUUCGAUUCGAAUUUGUGACGAAUAGUCAUGUCCCUCCGUUUUCCAAUAUAAAAUUAAGAGAGGACACGGUUCAACGACGGUAUGUCUGAAUCUGUAAAAGUGGCGGUAAGAUGUCGGCCCAUAUCUAACAAAGAAUUGCAGCAAGGAUGUCAGAAUAUAAUAACAAUCGAUCCACUGACGAAAUCUUGUACGUUGGAAAAUGCUACCAGUGGAAGUGGAAAAGUCUAUCAAUUUGACGCCGCGUUCAGUCCAUCCGCUACAACAGAGUCGGUCUACGAAAAUGUAGGUUCUGUCAUUGUCGAGGCUGUCUUAGAAGGUUACAAUGGCACUGUGUUUGCUUAUGGUCAAACUGGCUGCGGAAAGUCGUUCACAAUGCGAGGAUUCAUCGAACGUGCAUUGGAACAUCUAUUUGAAGCGACUUCCACUGCCAGUUCAGAAACAAGAUAUUUAGCGUUAUUGAGCUACCUCGAGAUCUAUAACGAGCGAUUACGAGAUUUGUUACAAGACGACACUGGCGAAACUCUAACACUAAAAGAGGACCCCACGAAAGGUACUUACGUCGCGGGUGGAUUGCGCGAGGUGACUGUCAAAGACGCGACCGAAUGCGCCGCAUUAGUUCGACAGGGUGAUCAAAGGAGAGCCGCAGCCGCGACGAAGAUGAACGCUGCCAGUUCGAGAAGUCAUGCUGUUUUAACUCUAUCGCUCGAAGCGAUUGCCAUUAAUAACGAUGAUAAAAGUGGCAAUGCUGUCAGGAGAGGUCGACUGCAUUUAGUCGAUCUAGCUGGAUCUGAAAGGCAAACUAGAACUGGAGCUACGGGGGAUCGUCUGAAAGAAGCUGCCAGUAUUAAUCUGAGCUUAUCAGCGUUGGGGAAUGUCAUUAGUGCGUUAGCUGCUGGAAAUGGAAGACACGUACCUUACAGGGAUAGUAAGUUGACAAGACUGCUACGAGAUAGCCUGGGUGGAAAUGCCAGGACUUUGAUGAUUGCUUGCGUAAGCCCAAGCGACAUCGAUGCUGAAGAGACCCUCAGCACUCUGCGUUAUGCCGCUCGAGCUCGUUGCAUUAAGAAUAAGCCCAUUGUCAAUGAAGAUCAAUUUCUUAGACAGUAUCAAUUAGAACUUCAACAUUUAAGAAAGUUGCUUGAUUCCAAUGACGUAUUAAACGUUGGACUGGGCUUCCAAAAGGAUAUAGAGGAAGAAACAGAAAACUCGAGAGAGAAACAGUAUGCCGACGAGGUGGAGAGGCUAAGAAAAGAGUGCGAAAGUUCAAAUUUAUCAGCUCAGAAACUAAAAGAGGAGUUAGAAGCCCUGAAAUUUCGUUACGAGUUUGGAUUAAAUAUGCCGAACAAUAGUGAUAAAAAUAAUGAUAAAAAUAGUGGAAAAUUCAGUCAAGGAUAUCAGGAGAUGAAUGAGUUGGACAAGGAACGAAUAGAAAGAAAAAGGAAAAAAAGAGAAGCAGCUCUACAAGACGUUUUAAAAAGAUUGGAAAGAUUGACAAUCGGUGGAGAAGAGAUCGGUAAUGCGGAACUGAAAAAAAGGAGGGAGAAAAGAAGAAAGAAGCUGGAAACCCUUGCAGGAGCUUUAGAAGCCAAUGAUGCCAAUGGUAGUGUCUUCCAAGUGUACGGUCAACUAAGGUCGACAGAAGAUGCAUUAAAGAAGAUGGCAAAGAGAGUAAAGCAAUUAGAAGCUGAGGCAGUAGAUCUCCAGGCAUCCUGGGACGCCGAACGUCGCGAACUUCUUCGGAGAGAAUUAUUAACGACCCAAUUGUGCGACCUCAUGAUGCCCUAUCUUCGUCCUGGCUGUCCAUUUCGAGAUAUUGCGGUAAUGAGAGCGGCGGCAACCUGGUGCGAUGAGUUAGGAAGAUGGCGCUUACCGGAUGUGUCUCCCCACAUACCUCUACCUCCGGCCCCCACUGCGCGAACGGAUAUUCUUUAUUCCACCAGUAUUUCCUCCAAAGCGGAUCAUAAUAACAAUAAUAGUAACAGUAGCAGUGACGAAAAUGAGAGUGGUCAAGAUAAUUAUAACGAAGAAGGUGGUAGACAAGAUAUAAAGAAAAAAAAGGGUUGGAAUAUCGUGAAUACUUAUUUUCGGAGAAGCAGAGUGGAUACUCUUCUGGCACACGCAAGAGAAGCAAAAUCUUUCGAACCGGGAAAUCGAUUGAGCAGAUCAGGAGGCUCGGAAGACUCGGGACCAAUCGCAAGUGGCAGCGGCUAUCUGCAACUGAACGCACUAAAUUUGCAGAGUAGUGCGCCGAUGUUUGAUGAAAAUAAUUACAGCCCAAACGAACGCAGAUCAGUGAUACGCGGUGGUUGGAUCUACGAUGAGCCUAACCAUUCUACGUAUAACUCUUUCGUCAAUACUAAGAAGAAACUUCCUCCAAGAAUACUGGAAGCCUUACCUUCGUAUCCACACGAUGAUACACCAUUCAAACCAUCCGUUCGUCUUAAAGAGAUGGAAUUGUAAGAAGCAAUGGAAGAUCUCGAAUCGUGUCGACAGUUAACAUAAUGAUAUUGAAAAGACAAUUAUCUUUUUUUAAAUAAUUAUAAAAUGGA